AUGGAAAAAGUAAGAAGUAUGGUGUAUCAGGAUUUAAUUCCGGAUGUGAAUUUAUGGAGGGAGGUGAUGGUUGCAUCAAGGUGUGGACAGUAUUCAAUGGUGGAUGAUGAUGAUUUUGUUUAUGGAUAUCAGUUAUCAAAUCCGAGACAAAUUCUCUCUGCAUAUAAUAAUGGGGAUAAUGAUGAUGAGGAAUCAUGGAAGAGUUUUAUUCCUAUGGCUGAACCUAUUCGUCACCUUCAGCUUGCAGUAAAGACUAAGAAAGCGAAAAUUAUCGUGGGUAUAUUCCGAGAAAUCGAAAAUAAAAGAUUACCAGGACCAAUACCAAUUCCUAUUAUUGGUAAUAUCGAAGCGUAUCGAGCGGAUUUUAUGAAAACAGCGGAAGAAAUGCAAUUAAAAUAUGGAGAUUUUUGGGAAAUUUGGCAAGGAUCUAAUAGACAUGUUUGGAUAAGUCGAGCAGAUUUAACCACCAAAUUAUUAAAUCCCUCAUAUCAUAAUAAUAAUUAUUCAUUUCGUACAGCAGAAAAUAAAGGACUUGAUUUAAUGGGUUUAAUGGAUAAAGGAAUAAUUUAUAAUUUAAAUUUAGAAGGAUGGAUAACUAAUAGAAAAUUUAUUAAUCAAAUUUUCAUGUCACCGAAAUUUUUGAGACGAUCAGUACAAAUCACAUCAGAACUUUUUUCAGAAAUGGAAAGAUAUUGGAUUAAUCUUGAAUUGGGAAUAGAAUUAAAUCUAGCAAAUUGGAUGAUGAGAUUUAUGACAGAUUUUACUUUUAUCACGACAACAAAUAAGAAAGUAUACGCAAUGUUAAAUUAUUAUAAUACAUUUCCUAAUUCAAAAAAGGAAGAAAAAGAAGAAGUCAUUAAUAAUUCAACAACAAUUUUACAAGAAUCGGAAAAAAUGGUUAAAGCUAUUCGAACACAUUUUAUGGCAACAAUUUUUUUCAAGGAUACAUCAAAAUAUUUAAGAAUAUUAUAUCCACCUUAUCGAGCCAAAUCUAAAAAAUUAUUAAGUGAAGUUGGUUGGUUAAAUGAAAAAGUUAAAGAACUUGUUGAAGAGAGAAAAAAAGAAAUUGAAGAAAUUUAUAAAUAUAAUAUAAAUAAAUCAUCAGAAAAAAAAGAAUUAAAGGCAGAUAUGUUAACAAUGAUGUUAACAUUAAAUACAUCUCAUGAUACAACAACCAAAGAUUCUGAACCAAUGAGUCAAGAUGAAAUUCAAGAAAUUGUUUACGAAAUUAUUGGAGUCAAAGAAAAGAUGAUGAAAGAAAUAGAAUUAAUGUUUGGUAAAGACAUUAAUAGACCAAUAAUAUAUGAAGAACUCAAUAAAUCAUCUUAUUGUGAAGCCAUUAUCAAAGAAGUGUCACGUCUUAUGACAACAGUUUCAACAUUAUUCAGAAUAAAUAGUAAAGCUGACGAGAUUGAUGGAUACAAAUUUGAACCUUCAACAAUAUUUAAAAUAAAUGUAAAAGAAAUUCAAAUGAACAAGCCUGAUCGAAAAGAAUAUUUAUUGAUAGAAUCUGGUAUAAGGAUUCAUUCGACACAAUUCUCUAGAGAUAAAUCUUCAACUCCUUCGGCUUUUUGUUCAAAGAUACGAAAAUAUAUCAAAACUAGAAGAUUAACUGAUAUUAAACAACUUGGAGUUGAUAGAAUUAUUGACUUUGAAUUUGCUGGUUCAACUGAAGAAAAUACAUUUCAUAUCAUAGCUGAAUUUUAUGCUUCGAUUGCAGUUGGACAAAUUUAUGAUUUAAAUAUUUUUGAUCGUCCCAUUGAACCCGUAACUCGAGCUCGUUUACAAAAGGUUCUCAUAACUAAAGAUGCCAAAUAUAUUCUAAAAAAAGUAUUAAAUGAUAGUUUGAAUUAUGGACAAUCCUUAACUGAACAUGCUAUUCGAUUUGCAAAAAUUGAUCCAAAUAUUAAAAUUGGAAGUUUUGAUACAUCAGAAGGAGGAAAAGAAGAAGGGGAAAAAGAGGAUGAACCGGAAAUUUAUAAUGAAUUUCAUCCAUUUCUUUUUGAACAACAUAAAUCUAAAAAUUAUAAAGAAUUUGAUUCUUUUGAUCUUUGCGUGGAUGAAUAUUAUUCAUCAAUGGAAUCUCAAAAAUUAAUGAUGAAACAAAGGAAUCAAGAAAAAACUGCCAUGAAAAAAUUGGAAGCCAUAAAAAAAGAACAAUAUUCUCGUGUCGAAAGUUUACAAAAUUCUCAAACUUUAAAUAUUCGUAAAGCUAAAUUAAUUGAAGAAAAUAUUGAUAUAGUGGAUCAAGCAAUUUUAGUUAUAAGAAAUGCUAUCGCGAGUUCAAUGGAUUGGAAAGAUUUGGAAAUUUUGGUAAUGGAUGAAAAGAGGCAAGGAAAUCCUAUCGCAGCUAUAAUAGAAGGAUUAAAACUUGAAAUAAAUCAGAUUACUCUUUCGUUAAGGAGAUUAGAAAGUAUUGAUGAUUCUUUCUAUGAUUCAUCAGAUUCGGAAUCAAAUGAAUCAAAUAAUAGUGAAGAUAAAAAUAUUAUUGAAGAAAAAGUAGAUGUCGAUAUUUAUUUAACUGCUUUUGCGAAUGCCAAGAAAUAUUAUGAUUCCAAAAAGCAAUCUGCAAUAAAAGAAACGAAAACAUUGGCUAGUGCCGAAAAGGCCUUCAAAAGUGCGGAACAAAAAAUCAAACAAGAUCUUAAAGAAACAAAAAUUACUGCUUCCAUAAAUCGAAUUCGUAAACCUUUCUGGUUUGAAAAAUUUAUUUGGUUUAUUUCUUCCGAGAAUUAUUUGGUUAUAGCUGGACAUGACAUGCAACAAAAUGAAUUAUUGGUCAAAAGACAUUUACGUAAAGGGGAUGCUUACGUUCAUGCCGAUUUACAUGGUGCCGCAUCAGUAAUUAUAAAAAAUUCUCAAGAAAAUCAACCAAUACCUCCUAGUACACUUUUUCAAGCUGGAAUUAUGUCAGUUUGUCAAAGUAAAGCUUGGGAAGCAAAAAUUAUUACUAGUGCAUUUUGGGUUCAUGCGGAUCAAGUAUCUAAAGCUGCUCCUACUGGAGAAUAUCUUACAACUGGUUCUUUCAUGAUUCGAGGUAAAAAGAAUUUUUUACCUCCAGUUCAAUUGGUAUAUGGUUUGGGUUUACUUUUUCGAUUAGAUGAACAAAGUAUACCAAAUCAUUUAAAUGAAAGGCGUGCUAUUAAAUUUGAAGAAGAUGAGGAAGAAGAUAUUAAUCGAAAGCAAAUGAAAGAUUCAAAAAAUUCUCGUUCGACUAAUGAAGAAACAACAUUAGAAGAACCCACGUGGGAAAAAUACAAUUUAGAUGAAUAUGGAGGUGAUCAAAAUGAAGAAGAUUUAAAUAUUGUUGGAACAAGUGGAAUAAAUAUAAAUGUUGGUGGAGAUAAGUUUUCUCCUCCUUUUGUUAUUCCUUUGGAAAAAACAACUAAAGGAGACAAACCAACCAAAACAAUCCAAAAAGAAUUAAAUGUUUCUGGUAAAGGACAGCAAGGAAAAUCAGAAAAAUCAGAAAAACCAGAAAAACCAACCAAAAAUGAUCCAAAAAAAUCGGAAAAUAUUUCUGAUAAUUUAUUAUUUCAAUAUCAAAAUGAACUUGAGGUUGAAAAUUUAGCUGAUGGUCCAAAGAACGAAGAAGCGGAAGAAAUUCGGCAACUUUUAAAAGAAGAAAAUAUUAAAGUUUUGGAAAAUGAAACAUUGGAAAAUCUAACGGUGCUUGAUUCUUUGACUGGGGUACCAUUACCUGAUGAUAUUCUUCUUUUUGCUGUGCCAGUUUGUGCACCUUACAUAGCUUUACAGAAAUAUAAAUAUAAAGUUAAAUUAACUCCGGGAUCAAUGAAGAAAGGUCAAGCCAGUAAAAUGUCCAUCAAUUUAUUCAUUCGUGAUCCCGAAAUCACACCACGAGAGAAAGAAUUAGUCAAAAGUAUUCCUGAUGUUGAAUUAGCUUCAGUUAUGGUAGUAUAA